AUGGGUCUCCUUGGCCUCGUCCUUUCGCUCCCUUUGGUGGCGGCGGGGUUGGACUUCAGCUACCACCACACCGCGGAGCUGGAAGCUUUUCUGAGGGAGGUGCGCGCGAAUCAUUCCUCCAUCACUCACUUGUACAGCAUUGGCAAGUCCGUGGAAGGUAGACACCUGUGGGUUCUUGCUCUGGGAAGGUUCCCAACCCAACAUAAGAUUGGCAUACCAGAGUUCAAGUAUGUUGCUAAUAUGCAUGGGGAUGAGGCAGUCGGGCGGGAGAUGCUGCUCCAUUUGAUAGACUUUCUGGUGACCAGUUAUCAGCAUGACCCAGUAAUUACAAAGCUGAUUGACAGCACCCGAAUACACAUCAUGCCUUCAAUGAACCCUGAUGGAUUUGAAGCAACAGAACAACCUCGCUGUUACCCCUCACAGGGCAGGAACAAUAAGAAUGGGGCAGAUCUGAACAGGAAUUUUCCUGAUGGCUUCAUCAGUAAUCCUUACACAAUUCAACCAGAGACUCAAGCUGUGAUGGACUGGAUAAAAACGGAGACAUUUGUCCUCUCCGCCAACCUACACGGUGGAUCACUAGUUGCUAGUUAUCCUUUUGAUAAUGGCAAUUCUGUUACUAUUACUUCAGAUGGCAUUAGCCAAACUCUGGAUAAUGAUGUUUUUGUUCACCUUGCAAAAACAUACUCUACCAGCCAUACUACAAUGUAUAAUAAGCAAGGAUGUACAACUGGAGAUCACUUUACAGAUGGCAUUACAAAUGGCUUUGCGUGGUACCAGGUGGAAGGUGGGAUGCAGGAUUACAAUUACAUUUGGGGACAGUGCUUUGAAAUUACGUUGGAACUAUCAUGUUGUAAAUAUCCACCAAAAGAAGAACUUCCAUCCUUCUGGAGUGACAACAAAAUGGCUUUGAUUGAAUACAUUAAACAAGUUCAUCUAGGUGUAAAAGGGCGUGUUUUGGAUAAGGAUGAAGAACCUAUUUCAGAUGUAAUAGUAGAGACUAGAGGAAGGAGGCACGUAUGUCCUUACAGGACCAAUAAAGAUGGAGAAUAUUAUCUUCUGCUCCUGCCUGGGGUCUACGUACUUAAUGCAACAGCACCUGGAUACAAGUCAGUGUUUCAGAUAUUGAAUGUUCCAGAUGGCACAGAAUAUUUCAGUGCCCUGACCUAUGACUUCAUUUUGCCUGAUGUAUCAGCUGCACCAAAGUUUGUGUCAUGCCCAACAACACCUCGUUAUACUGAAAAUACGUCAACAAUACUGAAGCCCACUGUGAACAUAUUGAUUUUAAUUAAUAUUUUGUAUGCAGUUUUCAGAUAA